AUGCUUGGUCGAUUUGCAUCAGGGCUGUUUGCACACGCAUCUAAGGCAGCACAAGCACGCGCGGCAGUCACUGUGCCAACAAUCGGCAUUGCAUCAGCAGUAUUGUACUCCUCUGUACAGCCUGUGUGCUUGCAACCUAGUUACACUCGUCCAUCAUUUGAAGAACGCAUGAAGCCUAAAGCGCAGCCUGUCGUCUUGACGAAAAUCGAAAAGAACAGUGGCAACGAAGAGUCAAGCGAGACUGAGUCAACAGAAGAGGAAGAGUCCGCUUUCAAUGAACGGACGGGAGAAAUCAACUGGGAUUGCCCCUGUCUUGGCGGCAUGGCCGAUGGCCCAUGUGGCGAGGAAUUCAAGCAGGCAUUCAGCUGCUUCGUUUUCUCCGAAGCCGAGCCCAAGGGUAUCGACUGCAUUGACCAGUUCAAGCACAUGCAAGACUGUUUCCGUCGCCACCCCGAGGUUUAUGCGGAAGAAAUCGAGGCUGACGAAGCAGCCGCGGCUGAAGUGGCUACGAGUGAUUCCUCUACAGAGACGACGCCAUCUACCGACGAGCAUGCAUCACCUGCAUCUCAGCCAUAG